CUUAUAAAGUUAAAGCUAAAGCUAAAUUUACAGUUAAAGUAAGCUGGUGCAACCCAGUCACUAUCCAUAUAGUCAUAAGUCAGCUGUUAUUUGUUUACAUCUGCGGUUUAGAAAAUGGAAACAUAAAUCUAAAGCGAAGUAAAAGUUGAAAAUAAUGUCGAAUGUGCUUAUGAUAAGACAUCUUCCACAUUCAUUAUCAUUCAAAGAUAAGGAACAGCUUCUAAAACAUUUUGGAGCUGAUAAAAUAUGGGAAACGAAGAAAAAGAGAAACUAUGUUUUUGCCGCCUUUCCAAGUAUUGAAAAAGCACAAUCUUCUUUAUCAAGGCUGCACCAGCUAGAAAUAGCUAAAAGGCGUCUGGUUGUAGAAUAUUCAUUUGAAAAGGAACCGUUAUCUAAGGCUACAAUAAACUUAGAAGCAAACUCAGUCAUAACUAACCACAUUAAAGACUUUUUACAAAGGUUGACAGCAUGGAACCCAUCGGUAAACUUCUACCAGCCACCUCCUCCUCAUCUGAAAUACGAAUAUCCGGAGGUAAGCCCACAUAUCGCUGUGAACAUAAUAUCCGCGCUAUACACACACAAGCCUCUUUAUGUCCAAACGCUCCACUUAAUGAAUCGAAUGUCUCUGGAUUUACCUUUUAAUGAAAAUAGCGUCGCUGUUGAAUUCUUCAAAGACACUUUCAGACAGUACUUUAUAGAUGAGAUAGCAGUGUUGCCUCCUGCCGCAGUAAGUGACCCAGAGAGUGAAAUAUCCAGUGAUGAAGGUGGCAAAGAAAAGCAACAUCUGCCCCAGCUCGUUAAAAGGAAGCAAACCUUGCCAGUCUCCAGAAAACGACCGGCUGCAGUUCUUUCAACAGCUACACUGCCAAAAGCAAAGAAAAUACAUGUCACUCAGGAGGAGGUAUUUGAAACAGUCACACCUUUGGUUGACACAAAGAAGAUAGCUGUUGUAGUUCAUCAAGACGCUUUACAGAAGAAAACCGAGGAGCCCGAAGUGAUUGGUGGUCUAGGAACAUUCCAGAAGGAUGAUAAACCUGAGGAGGAGCAGAAACCACAACAAGAGGAGGAGCAACCUUCAAUAUCUAAAAGAGAACUGUUAAAGAACAGAAUAUCAUACAGCGACAUGAAAGUGUUGCCAGUGUACAAAAACUAUCAUCCAGGUCAGCCAUCCAUGAGAUUGUAUAUUAAAAAUCUAGCAAAAUCGGUCACCGAACACGAUGUGAGAAGAAUAUACAAACGCUAUGUGGAUCAUAUACCAGAAGAGGAGCAAAUAGGAUUUGAUGUAAGAGUGAUGCAGGAGGGCAGAAUGAAGGGGCAAGCAUUUGUUACAUUUCCCUCUGAGCGUAUCGCUGAAAAGGCUUUGAGUGAGACUAACGGAUACCUGUUAAAAGAAAAGCCUAUGGUUGUGCAAUUUGCUAGAGUUGCAAACCAAAAGAAGACCUAGCAUUAAUAAAAA